AUGACGCUGAUAUCUUCACAGGGCUGGAGUAGGUCCUUCCUAUGGCUGAACCUCACUGCAAUCGGCUCUGACCCUCUAUCAGCCCGCAGCUCUCGUUAUAUCUCACACUGCUGUUGGUUUCAUCGUUUUCAUGGUUCUAUGUGCACUCGGGGAGAUGGCAGUUUGGUUGCCAGUCCCCGAUACAUUUACAGGUCAUGCAAGCCGAUUCUGUCAUCCAGCUCUUGGUUUCACGCUGGGUUGGAUGUAAGUUUCUUGGCCCGUAUGCUACCUCUUAGUAUCGAGGUCAUUUUAUUUCUGACUGGGAAAGCGAAACUUCUCAGAUACUUGUUCAAACAUCUAGUUGCUACGCCAAACCAACUGACGGCUGGUGCGUUGGUGAUGUCGUAUUGGCUCAGCAGUGACCGUGUCAGCCCUGCAGUUUGGAUUACGGUAUUCCUGGUCAUCAUUGUCUUUGCAAAUUGGUUCGCUGUUCGCUUCCUAGGCGAAUUCGAAUUCUGGUUGAGUUCGUUUAAGAUCGCCGUUAUCGCUGGCCUUAUGGUACUGUCUCUUGUCCUGGCACUGGGAGGUGGUCCGGAUCGUGACCGGAAAGGGUUUCGAUAUUGGAAACAACCGGGUUCUUUUGCCAUUGCUGGAGAUGGCAGCAAUGGUCACGUCAAAAGGCUGUCAGCAGUGUGGAAGACGCUUCCCUCUACUACAUUUGCCUAUAUUGGAACUGAGCUGAUAGGUAUGAGAGUCUCCCAAUCGGAGAAUCCUCCAAAGUUCAUCAGACACGCAGUCAGGAUCACUUCUUACCGAAUUCUGGUUUUCCAUAUCCUCAGCGCCAUCCUGUUGGGCAUGAUUGUCCCAUAUAACUGUGAGCGUUUGGCUUUUGCCUCUCACGCAAGCGAAUCGGCACCAGCAUCUGCUUUCGUCGCGGCAAUUGAAAUCGCAGGAAUAGCCGUUCUCCCUGACCUUCUGAAUGCCUGCAUACUGGUUUUCGUGUUGGCAGCAGCCAAUUCAAGCCUUUUCAUGGCUGUUAGAACCAUUUAUGGGCUUUCGCGGGAAAACCAGGCCCCUGCCCUUUUCUCCCGCACAGAUCGAAGGGGGAUUCCCAUUUAUUCCCUAGGUGCAUGCUCCUUAUUAGCAUCGCUAGCGUUUAUGAGCACCUCUGAGAACUCCAAGAUCGUCUUUGGCUAUUUUGUCAACCUGGUAACAAUUCUCGGUCUGCUCAUAUGGAUUUCGGUUCUAAUAACCCACAUAUCGUUCAUCCGUGCACGCAAAGCACAGAAAGUCCCUGAUGAGGCACUGGCCUUCAAAGCACCAUUGGGGUCUUGUGGGUCAUGGGCUGCUCUGAUUUCUUGUGUAACCAUAUCAUUGACAAAGAGCGUCGACCUAUUUAACGGCAAUGAAUUUCCGGGAGGGUUUGACUAUGUAGGCUUCAUCACGUCGUACCUCGGCAUUCCCCUCUACCUGGGAUUGUUAAUUGGGUACAAGAUGGCUACGAAGUGCAAGCGAGUCCGCUCUGUAGAAGUCGAUCUAUCAACCGGCAAAUACGAGUUCGACAUUCGCGAAGCAGACAACCCUGAGAACGUGGAAGCAAGAGGACAUCCGCAGGAUGGACCAUCCAGUUGGCUAGACAGAAUCGUCAAUGAUUGUCGUAUAUGUGAUGAUCCAUGCAUCCAUAACUAUCAAGUGGGGUAUAGAGAUGCCCGGAGGAACACCCUGGACUCUCCCACCUCAGAAAAGAUACGUGCAGAAACCAUAUGUGUUCUGCAAUGCAUCACUUGUCAACCCUGCAAGCGGCCAAGUACACUCCAACAUGUCCGUGACAACCCGAGGAGGCCGAAUUGAGGGGUAAUAACCAGCUCCCCGCCCAUCGCCC